AUGGCGCGUCCUGAACACCGUGCGUCGGGGUUCGGGGGCUCCGGGCGGCCACAGGGACGGCGUCGGCAGCAGCAGAAGCCGGGGGGGAAACAGCGUCCGGAUCCGUGUCCGGGGCACCGCAGCAAAGAAAAGAAGAAAGUGAAUUGCAAGCCCAAGAACCAGGAUGAGCAGGAGAUCCCUUUCCGGCUGCGUGAGAUCAUGCGGAGCCGCCAGCAGAUGAAAACCCCCCUAAGUAACAAGAAGCGGAAGAAAGAAGCCCAGGUGGCCUUCAGAAAGACGCUGGAGAAGGAGGCCAAAGGGGUGGAGCCAGACAUCGCUGUCCCCAAGUUCAAGCGGAAGAAGUGGGAGUCAGACAGGGCCUAUAUCCAGCGCAUGGAGCAGGAGACCCAGCAUGUCCUCUUCCUUAGCAAGAACCAGGCCACCAGACAGCCCGAAGUUCAGGAGGCCCCUGAGAAACCGAGGGAGAAGUCAGAGCGCAAGAAGGCGUUCCAGAAGCGGCGGCUGGAUAAAGCCCGACAGAUGAAGGCGGACAAGGCAGCAGACAGACUGGAGCAGGAGCUACUCCGAGACACGGUGAAGUUUGGGGAGGUUGCCCUGCAGCCCCCAGAGCUAACUGCCAGGCCCAAGAAGAGCGAGGGCAAGGGACAGCCUGGCAAGAAGUCACUGAUGUUGAAGAUGCUCAUGGGCCCUGGCCCAGGGUCCCAGCCUCUGAGCGCUUCGCUGGCCCGGCAGCGGAUCCUGGGGGAAGAGAGAGAGCGGGUGGUACAGGCCUACCGUGCGAUGAAAAGACUUACCCAAACUCAAGAGGAAACAAUGUAUCGACAGACCCCUCACAGUUCCGCUUCUCACCCGGAGGACCGUUCCUUCUCCGGUUAA